UCAAACCUCCUCAUUUGUAUAUUUCAGGCUGAAAACCUGAUUAAACAGGUGGGAGGCGAAGUUGUGAAAAGCAUCAGAAACGAUUAUGGGAAAAAUUCGGACGUCACUGGACUAUGGAACUCGACCAUGACCACGCUGAAGUGCUGUGGAUUCAACAACUAUACGGAUUUCACAAAUUCUUACUUUGUGAACGACACCAAGAGUUACCCAUUUCAGUGCUGUAAUAGAGUUCCAUGCACUGAGAUGACAGCUUUUAAUUCGACUAUACCAGGUUGUUUCCCGGCAUUGAAGAAGCUGGUAGACGAUAAUGCAGUUAUCAUCAUAGCUGUAGCAUUAGGCAUCGCUGCUCUUGAGCUUGCGGCGAUGAUUGUCUCCAUGAUCCUGUAUUGUAAAAUAGGAUCAAAACAGGAAUAAUGCCUCACCUUUAGCUUGAAUCUCUCUCUGAUGACUCCUCUGGUUUACUGAGGAUGAGGUGGAUCAUCUGUCUUAAUAUCACAGUUACUUUUUCAACCAUUUAGAAUUGAAUCAAACAGUAUGACAUUACAAGUCUCUCUGAGUCAGAGCGUCCACAAAAAAAUCAAUAAAUUCAGACUGUUAACCCUAAACUUUGACUGCAAACACGCAUUUUGAAAGAUCUCUUUUUUUUACUGUAGUUAUGUUCAAAUGAGCUGUUUUAGCUGUUUAAUGUAUCUGUGAGACUGAUUAAACAUUUUUGUUUACUUUUUUAUUUUUUGCCUAUGCAAGAUGUUUUCUUAUUUAAAAACGAAACACUUUGUUUAACUGCAUAACACCCAAGGCAUUAUUUUGUAAUUCUGAACACACUGAGGGGAUUUUCCUACUGACAUUAUAUGUGCAAUGACCAAAAAA